AUUUUAUGCUGUUCAGUGUUAAGGAAACUACCUGCAUAGUAUGGACUUUGUGAAGUGAACUACUUGCAUAAAGUAGGGUCUUAUGCAAUUUGGAAAUUGUAUGUGGGUGAAUUUCUGGGUAGUCCCUACAUUUGUUACAGUAUUUUUAUAAGUGUUGCUGCUUUGCUAAGAUGUAACUGUUGGUUUACAUCUUAGAAUACUAUAAAUUCUUCUUUUGCAAUCAACAGAAUGGCAGUCUGCAAAAUUUACUGAAAGUGGUGUUUAACUUGAAAUGGAUAGCUCAUGAAUUUGUAUAAGUUCAGUUCUGUCAGGAAUCGCUUAUAAAUAAGAAACUGUUGUGAGGAUAUGAUUUUUUUUUUAUAUUUAUGAGAAAGUAAUGAAGCUGCAUUAGCAAAAUGGCUGAUGUAAUAUUUUCAAUGUUUACAAUUAUCAGGAGAGAAGUAUAAUUCCUAUAAUUAUAAAUUUGUAUUAGUUGGAAUGUACAGAUACAUGUUUGUGUCAGAAAACUUUUGGAACAAGUUCAGUCUGCAAAGUAAUCGGUGAGUUUGUUCAUACCUUAAUUUAUAUAAUUGAUUUGUUGACUGAGUGAAAGAUGUGCUAAAAGGAAACAUAUAUAUCAAUUUAACAGGGUAACAAACACAUUUUUUAUAUUAACAUUGGUUUGAAAAGUGUCUUAUGAUUUGUGGAAUUAUAGGUAGGUAACUAACAUUUCAGAGAAACAUAUGAUCUGAAAUUUUUCAAAGUUGUGGCACAAUAUAGACUCAUAAGUGGGUAGAUAUUUACCUGCAUUGUCAUCCUCACAGUUGUGAGAACCUCAGAUUUUAUAUACUGUCUUCACCUUCAGGACUUUGUUGGAAAGUUUUAUGUGUAUCUUUCAUUGCCCAAUAUUUAUGUCUGAACAUGUAACCAGGAGUGCAUUUAUCUGUUCUGUGUGUCUUUUGUGGAAAAUAAUAUGCAUAGAAAACUUUAAUGCUGAUAUUGAAAACGUUAUGAUAUUUUGAAUAGAAUUAUUAAUGGGAGCAGAGACAAAAUGCUUUUGAGAAGGUCCUGGAAAUAUCGUUUAUAUAGUGAAUGAGUAUAGGAUAUUAAAUAAUGCAUCUUAUGGCCUGCAGUUUUUGAUUCACAAAACGUUUACAGAAUACCAAAGUACUAAAUGAGUAACCAGAUGAUUAUGGAAACUGGGCAGCCAUAAAACGUUUUAAAGUAACCGCUGAAAGUAGCAGUGAGCCUCCUGCUCAGUGCUCAUCUGUGAAUAUUUGCGGUAGCGAAAAUGGCGGAAGCAUUGCAGCGCUGUUACAAUCAAACUCGUUGCAUGCCAUACAGGUGAUUAGUGCGUUAUAUGGAACGAACUUGAACCAAUGUGUGCAACGCGUUGGUAGCAAGCGCACUGAUAGAAUGGUGUUCGGAUUUUUAAGAAGAAUAAAGUCUUGGAUUGUGUGGUCUUGGACGUAUUUAUGGGCGUUCUGGUUUCUAUUGGUGUUGUUUGUGGUUUACUAUCUUCGUGGACCCCUUAAAAUAAUUGAAAAUAUUGGAAUGGGUAAUGGUUGCACCUUUCUUUGGCAGAAUGAGCAAGUACUUACUCUAGUGACACAAUGUCAAAUUAAUUAAGAGCUACCAUGUUCCUGAGUACAUUAACACCAAAGUUUUAUGUGGCUCUCACUGGAACUUCAUCCCUAAUCUCAGGACUCAUUUUGAUAUUUGAGUGGUGGUACUAUCGCAAAUAUGGCACAUCAUUCAUUGAACAGGUGUCUCUGAAUCAUAUCAGUCCAUGGAUUGGAGGAGGCGAUAAUGGUGGGGAAGCAAAUAAUGUUGCAGUCAAUACAAACACCACAGUCACCAGUCAGCAGGCGGUACCAGAAUGCAAAGUGUGGAGGAAUCCUUUAAAUCUCUUCAGAGGUGCAGAGUACCAGAGAUUCUAUUGGGCAACUAAUAAAGAACCUUUAACAUAUUAUGAUAUGAACUUGUCUGCACAGGAUCAUCAGACAUUCUUCACAUGUGAAGGCGACUGUGGCAAAGCUGAAUAUGAGAUAAUGCAGACAGCGUGGCGUGAACGUAACCCAGUAGCAAGGAUUAAAGCUGCACAUGAUGCACUUGAAAAGAAUGCUGACUGUGCUUCCGCAUACAUCUUGCUGGCAGAAGAAGAGGCUACGACUAUUUUGGACGUUGAGAAGAUUCUGAAACAGGCUGUGAGAGCAGCGGAAACAAAUUAUAGAAAAUCACAACAGAUGCAGCAUCAAGGGUCUGUGAUGGAAGCCUUGCACAGACGGGACACAAAUGUCCUAAUAUACAUUAAAAGAAGAUUGGCAAUGUGUGCAAGAAAACUGGGGAAGCUAAAGGAAGCAGUUAAAAUAUUCCGUGAUUUAACAAAAGAAGUUCCACCAAUAAUGAAUGUGUUGAACAUUCAUGAAAAUCUUAUAGAAGCACUGCUUGAGAUGCAAGCGUAUGCUGAUGCUCAGGCCGUCCUAGCAAAGUAUGAUGACAUCAGUUUACCGAAAUCAGCGACGAUAUGCUACACUGCAGCACUGCUAAAAGCACGUGCUGUAGCAGACAAAUUUUCUCCAGAUAUUGCAAGCAAAAGGGGCUUGACAACAGUGGAGAUGGCUGCUGUAGAAGCAAUACAUAGAGCAGUUGAAUUUAAUCCACAUGUGCCAAAGUAUUUGCUGGAGAUGAAACCCCUGAUCCUCCCACCAGAGCAUGUUCUCAAAAGAGGUGAUUCAGAAGCAAUAGCAUAUGCAUUCUUCCACUUAACGCAUUGGAAGCAGGUGGAAGGGGCACUGAACCUUCUGCACUGUACAUGGGAGGGUACUUUCCGUAUGCUGCCAUACCCUCUUGAAAGAGGGCACCUCUUCUAUCCAUAUCCAACAUGUACAGAAUGUGCAGACAGAGAGUUACUGCCAGCUUUCCAUGAAGUGAGCGUUUACCCAAAGAAGGAGUUACCAUUCUUCAUCCUAUUUACUGCAGGUCUGUGUUGCUUCACUGCUUUGUUGGCUCUGCUGACCCACCAAUACCCAGAGUCCAUGGGUAUGGUAGCGAAGACAAUGUUGAGCUGGGUUUCUCUUCCAUUCUACUACCUGCUGGAUAAACUGGAAGCAGUACUCCCAUCAAAUUUGCUACAACUGUUGUCCAGGAUAUGAAUUUAAAUAUAUUGAAUAAAAUGUGAAGAAUUCUUCAUUUAUGUUUGUCAGAAAGAAAGGUAUGGUAGAAAUAAAAACUGCGUAUUUAAGAUGCAAAAGAAUGGUGAAUGUUGAGGAGUCACUCCUGAUAAUAUCUUCCUCUGAACUGUCAGUAGUAUUACUGUGCAAUUCAUACAAAGUAUGUAUGGUAAACCUUGCCAAUAGUGAAUGGCAAUCCGCAUUCUUGCACAGGUUUUAGUGCAAGAAAUCUUGUUGUGCUGUGACUACCAUGUACUUUUGGUUAAUGUACUUAGUGUUUAUAAGUGAGGUUUUUGAAAUUUAGUCUACGAUUUGACUAGACUAUAAUUUGUAUUAUUAUUUGGUUAGGGAGAACAGUUGCAUGUUGAGACCUUAUUUAUUUUAUAGUUUCUUCAGUAAUUACAAAUGAUACCUUUAUUUUUCUCCUAGUUUUCUAGUAGAGUGUUUUAAGUCAUCACAGAUGACACUAAUGAAAUAUAAAGUCAUUUAUAUCAGCCAAAAAAUGUUGUACUAAAUAGAUUAAUAAAUACAUAAAUUUAUGAUUUUAUAUGCCAUCUUCCAGGUUGUGCAUCCAUGAACCAGGGUGAAACUUUCACCCAGAAGCUCAGUACUGUUUUAAUUAUCUGUGUGGCAGUUUGCUGCUUGUAUAAAAGUAUGAAUUCUGUUUUGUAGUUUAAAAACUAUGAUGAUAAAAUGUUUCCCGUGAAUGUGGGGAAAAUUCUUUUGUCAGAAUUGUUGAAAACAAAACAGUGUGUCUGGAUGAAAAAUAUUGUCAUUGACCAACUGGGAAAACGAAUUUUGGAUUGUACUAAGAAGUGCAACUAUUUAGUAUUAACAGCAUCUGUAACAGGCACUUAAUAAAGCUUUUUUGUAAUUUA